UUUUUAUUAAUAUUAAUUUUCUUCUCAAGUGUGUUAUGUGGUAGUUCAGUAAAUAUCUUACACAAUUAGGAUGAAUAAUGCACAAAUUCGUGAACCAACGGUAGAGAGGGUAUUAUCGGUGGGUUCAAUUCAGGAAGAUUAUUACGAGUUUAAGAACAAGAAUGCGAUUAAAAGAGUAUCAGAUCCGGUAAGUGAGCUUUACUGGACAUAUUAUGAAAAUUAUAAUCAUAAAAAAUCAACUAAAGCUGAUAAAAAUAAUCCCAGCAUCAUACUUUUACAUGGCAUCUGCGGUACCGCUGGGUGUUACUUUUAUCUCUUCAAUAAACUAUCAGAACUGGGGUUUCGGUGUAUAUCUGCUCAGUAUCCCGAGUAUGAAACUCCUUAUGAGUGGAUUAGUGGUUUUUCUCACUUUUUAGAGUAUUUAAAUUUAUAUAAACCCUGUGUGUUUGGCAGUGAUUUGGGCGGAUUUCUACUCCAAUUAUUCGUUCAAUCCUACCCAAACCUCCUAAGCUCCAUCAUACUAUGCAACUCCUAUCGCAAGACUGACGACUUUAGUAUAUCUCCGGCGUUCCGUGAGGUGUAUGGUAAUUUGUAUAUGUUAUUACCGCAUGUAAUAUUAAAGAAUUUGUAUAUUGAGUAUUACAUUUGUCCUAAAACUGAGGAUAUCAACGAGAGAGUCGAGUUGAGAGAACAAUACGCCAAGGAAUUCAUGGCUUGUGAACUCGAUCACAUCUCAGCCAGUGAUCUCGGAUCCAGAAUCACACUACAGUUAACGUGUGAUUAUGUGUAUAAUAAGGAUUUAAACGGGUUUAGUCAGGAGAAAAUACUUCUCAUUGAAACUAUUAAUAAUAACAUACCACACAAUCUCAAACAAGACAUUAAACUAUGGUAUUCGAAUUCUAAAGUUGGUUAUUUGAAGAGUGGCGGUGAUUUUCCAUAUCUAACUAGACCUGAUGAAAUUGCCAUUUUCAUCCAGGUUCACAUGAACAACGUCAAAUAUUCCCAAGAAUCAAAUUACCAACUUCUCAUCAACUCUUUAAACACACGUGAUCCCAACAGUGUUGGCGAUAGUAUCACCAAAGUUGGGAAUAGUAUCACUAAAGUUGGGAAUAGUAUCACGAAAGUUGGUAGUAGUGUCAGUGACCAGACGGAUGACGAUUUUCACGAUGUAGAUUACGAUUCUGACAACAGCAUCAUCAACAAUUUUAACAAAAAUUACCUCUAA